AUGAGAAAUUUAAACACUGAAAAAUUUUUUAAAGAAAUUUACUUUUUGAUGCAUCCUUUGGUUUCUUAAGAGUCCAUGAAAGGGCUUAUGAUUAUUUUUACCAUAUUGAACAAAGCAUAAGAAUUGGACAUCAUAAAUAACAUAAAUUAAGAAUCCCACUCUGAAAUGAAGUAUUAAAUUAUUUGAAUAUUAGGAUACUAAGUUAACUAGCAUAAUAUAGUUUUGUAAUUAAUGCUGUUACUAAUGAUCAAUUAAUUUUAAUAAUUAUUGGAUUUUUUGCUUUGCAUAUUAUCCUAAUCAUCAUAUUCAUAUAUUUCAGGAUAACAAAGUCUAUUUCAGUAAUCAUACACACUAUUUUACACUAUUUCUUAUUACAUUAUACUCUAAUAUUUUAUAUUCCUAUAACCUAUUCAUCAUUUUAUUUUAUUUCUUAAGAAUAAACAUGUACAUCAAGUUAAUUUUGUAAUACUACCACUUAAAUUGUAUUAAUUAUAAUAUGCAUUAUAAACUUAAUAAUAUCAUUAUUAAUCAAUUCUCUACACAUAUAUUUUGGAAGAGCAGAUUCAUUAAUGGGUGAUAAUCAUAUUUUAAUGUUAAAUUACUCUUUUAUAAGCAAUCUUGUAAUUUAAAUUUGCCUUUUCACAAGUAUAGUACUAAAAAGUAUUGAUAUUUUAUAAGAACUAAGAUUUGCUUUAAUUUUAAUUAAAUAUAUAUUAACAUUGAUGCAAACUUUAAAUAAGAUUAAUGCAAAAUAUUCUGUACUAAUUGAUCUUAUAUCAAUUACAUCAUCAAUUUCACUUUUAAUUAAAUUAUCAGUAUUUGAAUACCUAAUAGUUCUGUCUUUAAUAUGGGCAGUCUUUUUUUAAUCUGUAGACAUAAUUGAAAAUUACUAUGUUACAUUAAAAGAUCAAGGCAAUUUAAUCACAUUAUAAGUAAAUUUUAAUUUAAUCUAAGAAAAUAGAAGAAGCAAAUAAAUUAGAAACAAAAAUAUAAUCUAAAAUAAUUCUAAAAAUAAUUGAAAAAAUUCAUAAUUGUAAAAAAUGUCAAUAUUCAUCUUAAUUUGUUGAAUGUAUAUUUAGAAGAAUGGCUAAUAAAGAAAAAUAGAUGAAUAAUCAUAUUGUUUCUUUGUUUUGUGAUUAUGUAAGUAAUCAUGCUCCAUUAAAAGCAUUAAUCAGACUUUUAUUAUUAAAUCCUAAUGAUUUAUAUUAUAGAUGUUGGUAACAUAAUUUAGCUGAAGAACUUAAUAAAAGAAGUAAAUAAUUUUAAAAAGAUGCUUAAAAUAAAACAUCUAUUAAAAAUACAAAUGAACAUUAAAAUUCUUUAGAUGUUUAAACUGUUUAUAAUACAUCUCAUUCAGCAUAAGCUUUAUUUCCAUGUUUAAUUGAUACAAUAUAAUCAAAAAUCAAUUUUUGGAAUAAAUUAAUAAAUGGAUAUUAACAUAUUGAUUAAUGUUUAUAGGAGUCAUUAAAAACUGCUAAAAAAAUGUUAAGAUGUAGAAAAGAAGUAGAAAAUAGAUUUGAUUUGAUUUAUAAUAAAUUAAAAAAUUAAUAAGGGACUGAUAUUAUAAGUUUAAGAAUAAUUUAAAUAUAUUAUUGUGGAAUCUACACUAAUUAAUUUUAAGCUUUUUAAAUAGAGAAAACAAUAGAUGAACUAUUAAAGAGUGAAAGAUUUAAGUAAGAUGAAUCAUUAGAUAAUAUUUAACUUGUUUAAGGUAAAUAUAUCUUAUAUUUUUAUAGAUAGAUUGAUUAUUUUGAAAUCUAGUUUUGUAUCUAAAAGAGGUGAAUUAAUAGAUGUGAAUUAUAAAUAAUUAGCUAAAUUUUUAAAUGAAACAGAAGAAGGUUGUAAAUUGAUAAAACAUUGUUCAUAAUUAAUGCCUAGUUAUUUAUCAACUAUUCAUGAAUAAUUAAUGGAUAAUUAUAUGUAAAAUGGUUAUUCUAAAUUAAUGAUUCAUGGAGAAUCAUCUUUCUUUUAAAAUCCAGCUGGUUAUAUAGAACCUUGUAGUAUAAAUUUAUUCAAUUUUUAUGAUGGUAAAGAUGAUUUCAUAUUAAAUAUGAUCUUAACUAAAGAAUAAUGUUAAAGUGAGACAAUUCUUUUUGGCAUAGAUGGUAAAAUAUUAGGAAUUACUUAACAAUUUUUUAAUGAAGCCAUUAAAUCCAAUACUUAAUACUCUAAAACAUUAACUACAUAAGCUGGUAGGACUUAAGACAGUACAAAUUUAACUACAAAUAUUAAAGAUUUUUUAGCUAAAUAACCUUUGAUUUAAUUUUAUAUACCAAAUAUAUAAAAUUAAGUUGAAGAAUUGAGAAAUUAAAUAUGUUAAUCUUCUAAUUAUUUGAUGAACAAUUAGAAAUCUACUUGGAUGUUUCCUAUUAAUCAUACUGAAUGUUUAUAAUAAAUGUAGUUAAUAUUAUCUCAAUUUAAAAAAAAAAGUUAAGGUACUUAGAAACCUAAUUAAAACUUUUAAUCUUAUAAGUCUCAAACUUAUUCGAAAUAUUCAAAUUAUACUAAUAAUACUUAAUAAGAUUAAUAUGAUAAGAGUGAAAUUGCAAAAGACAUUUUAGAUCAAAUUAAUAUAGAUAACAUUCCUAUCAUUCUAUUACAUCCAGAAUUAUCAAGUUCUUUAAAAGAAUUAAUUACUUUUGAAGAUAUUUCAAAAUAAUCAGUUUAAUUGGGCAUAUUUUAUAGUUUAUAAUUCAAAAUAUUAAAAUAUAAAUAAGGUAGUAUUGGAUAUUUUAUGCUUACUAUUAAAGAAAAUAAACUCUAUUAUUCAUAAUAAUAAAUGGGUCAGUUUUCAAGUCAUAUAUAAACUCCUUAAACAGUCAGAUCUUCUAAUUAAGAAUCUAAUGAAAUUGAAACUAUAUAAAAUUCUAUGAAAAUUGAAUUCACUUCAGAAAAUAUGAAUUAAUAAGAAGAAAUAAUUUAAGAAAUUAGAUUAAUGAAUAAUAUUAUGCAUAAUAAUAAAGAUAGUUCUUUAGUUGAUUAAAGUGGUAAUAAUUUAAGUUUAGAUUAAACAAAUAUAAAAUUAUAAAUUUAACUUAAAAACUCAGAGAGAUCUAAUCUUUACGAUACAGGAAGAGUUCUUAAAUAAUCUUAACCUCUAUUUGCUAGACCAUAAUAAUAAGAAUUCAAAAUUGAAGACAUUUCAUAAAUUGAAUAAGAUAUGCAAGUAAUUUUCUUAUUUAUUUUAGAAUAUCCAAUAAUUAUAAUAAGAUUUUGAUGAAAAUGAAUAAGAUAUAGCUAAUUAAAGAUAAGAAUCAGUUAGCUAAAGUGUUAAAAAAAGAUCAAAUAUUCUUGAUAAGAUAAAAUUGACUUAAUAGAAUAAAGAUAAUCCUGGUGAUUUUGCUUCUAAUCCAUCUAGAACUUCAACAAAUUCUACAUCAAAAGAAUCAAUAUUAAUAGUUCAAUAAUUGUAUUUUAAUAGAGAUUUAAUUACUCCAUUAAAAAAAAUAUCUAUAAUUUUAGGGUUAAUUUUAAUUGGAAUGUUGACAUGUGAAAUUUUGAAUGUUUUUUUAAUUAAAGAUAAUUUACAGUAAUAAACUCAAUAAGUAAUUAAUUUAGUUAAACCUCAAAAUAUUAUUUAUUAUUAUACAUCUGUAUUUUAUUAAUAUUGGGGAACAGAAUUACAUACAUUAGGUAUCCUUAAAUUAUCUGAAUUUUAAUAUUAAAGGAAUCUAUAAACUUUAGAUGAUAUGCUUCAAUAUGGAAGAUCAUAUCUUCAAUCAUUUGGAAUUGAUGUUCCAUUAACUGCUGCAAAUCUUGGUGUUUCUACAUUUGAACUAAAAUAAGUCAAAUUAGGAAAAGUAGAAAAAGAAAUCUAUUAACUAUAAAAUUUUUAUUCUUUACUUUAUGAAACAAUGUAUAAUAUGUAUAUCAACAAUAAAAAUAUAGAUAAUCCAUCAUAUGAUGAAUUAUUUACUCAAGGGAUUGUAAGAUAAAAUUUUUUAGAAUUAAUAGAUUUACAUAACAAAUUAAUUAUAAAAAUUUCUGAAGAUACAAUUUAUCAAUAAAGUCUAGUAAAAAGUUAAUUUUUAGUAAUUAUGCUAAUGGAAUUAUUUUCAAUUUUAUUUUUUGUUGGAUUCCAACUUAGAUAUUGGUUAUUUUUAGAUCAUAUCACUAAAUCAAUAAUAUUUUUAGUGUCUAGAUUAAAUGAGAAUUAAGCUUUAAAUUAAUUAAAUAAAUUAGUAUAAAUUAAAGAACAUUUAGAAGAUUAAGCUUCAAAUGUAUGGAAAUUAUUCAAUUUUGGAGAUAUUGUAUUUGAAUCUUCAGAAAAGAAGUAUAAAAAAAUAAUUCUUAAAUAAUAAGAUCAAACUUCAAAUAAUUAUAAAUCAACAAGUGCAUUAUAUUCAAGAAUAUAAAGAACAUAUUAUUUAAAUAGAAUUAAUGUUAUUUUAACAUUUUUGAUUACAAUUUUAUGGACUGCAUUUCUUUUAACUGGUUAUUUGAUACACAUGUAGAAAAAUGAAAAUUUCUAACCAUCUUUAACAGCUACAUUAAAAUAUGGUUAAUUUAGAUUGAAUAUGGAUUCAGUAGGAUUUAUUGGAGGAAUUGUUAAAACAGAAUAAUUAAUUCCUAAUAAUAAUUUAAAUUUCAUUAAUCAAACAUUUGCAAUUUCAUUAUUAGUUGAAUAUAAGGAAAAUCUAUCUCCAUUAAUAAAUGAAGUUGCUUAAGUAAUUUUAGAAAAUGCUAAUGCUAAUAAUAAAUAAAGUAGAUUUGACAAUAUUUUAAAUUUUGAUAUAUGUGAGUUUACUGAUUGGGAAAUAAUGAAAGCAUGCGAUUUGUCUCGAUAAAAUCUUCCUUAUUUUAGGUAUAAUUCUUUAUAUCAUAUAGUAAAGAUGCAAUUAAUGAUAUUGUAAAAAAUGGAGUAUUAGGUUAUACUGCUACAUUAGUUAAAUAUCUAAACUCAGAUUUUGAUUAUGAAAUCAAUAAUUUAAAAUAUGAUACUGAUGAAAAUAACUUAAUUGCUAUUUAAUAAAAACCCUUUGAAAAUUUCUUCUUGUCUUAUUAUUGUGAUAUAUAAAAUACAAUGUUAGAUUUUUUGAAUCUAUUUUAAUUAGACAACUCUGAAAUUGCUGGAGAUAUUAAUAAUAUUGUAUAAAUAUUUUAUUUAGGUGUUGGGAUAUGGUAAUAUAUAAUAUAUUAUAUAUUUAGUUUGUUUUUAUUUGUUUUGAUUUUGAGUUUACUUUGGGUUUACAAGUAUUAAAUGAAGAUAUCUUGUCUUCGUUAAAUUUUGGUCUUGAUUCCUUCUGAUCUAAUCUUGACUGCAAACAUAAGAAGUUAAGCUAAAGAAAUUCAUAAUUGGUUAUAUUGA